AUGUUGAAUUUCAACUGGAAUACAGUUGAUGAAUCUACAUUUCAAGGUUAUUUGAACAAAUAUGCAAAUGCAUUUAAAGGAUAUCAAACUCGAUAUUGUGUAGUGGAUACACAAACAAAAUCUUUACUUUAUUUUACACCAGAUGAAGUACGAAAAAAAGGUCCAAGAGGUGUAAUCGAAUUAAUAGAUUGUUGGGUAUCACCAUCGAAUGAAGAUGAUGUUACUUUUACAGUACAAACUGUAAGUGGAGAAUCAUUUAAAUUACGUGCAAUGAAUGCUAGAGGAAGACAAAAAUGGAUUGAUAAAUUACGAGCAUGUUCAGGAUCAAAUGCAGCUAAUGUUUAUGUUUCAUCAUUACCAAUACCAAAAACACAACAAACAAAUGUAUCACCAUUAACAAAUUCACCAAAUGAACCAAAUAUUCAUAUAACAAAUCGAAAAAAUUCAAAAAUGGAUCAUCAUCAACAAACUAUUAAAGAACUUAAAGAAGUUAUGCGUUGUGUUGAAGUUAAUCAACGAGAAUUUGUUGAAACUAUUGAUGUAAUACCUGAUGAUAUUACUUUACAUUCCCUAUCGAAAGAAAUGUUACUUCUUCGUUCAAUAUCUCAAUCGUGUAUUAAUUCAUUACAGGACAGUUUAAUAAUUCUUACUCGAAGAAGAACACCUGAAAAUGAACCGGCUUCUACUUCUAUACCAUCACCAACAAAUACAUAUAAUAAACAAAUGAAUCAAUCUCUUAAUAGUAGUACUGGUGCAAGACCACCGAGCUUAACAGUUGGCUUAUCAUCACAGUCAAAUACAUCGCCUUUACAAAACAAAAAUUCCAAUCUUAUUAGCCAUAAUCAACAAAGAACACAAGAAAUGCCAGGAAAAAUACCUGAAAAAGAAAAUCGUUUAAGUCUUAUUUCUAUUGAAGUACUUAUUAGUCAUGUUCAAAUUGAUCUUAAUAUAGAAUGUCAUUUACCUUGUAUGGUUUUUCGUUUACUUGAUUAUCCAGCUGUAUCAAUACCGUAUUUUGAUGAAUGGCAAAUUGAAGAAUUUCAUAAUCUAAAAAAAGAUUAUCCAAAUAUAACUUGGCGUCAAUUAUUAUCAGAUCAAUUUUAUGAAUUACGUUCAGCUAAUGGUAAAUUUUCUUUUAAACGUGGUAAAUCAUGUUUAUUUAAAACAUAUUUUCGAACAUUAUAUACACAUUUAUUAAAUGUACCAUUGUUUCUAUUACUUAUUGAUCAAAUUAAUAAUAGUGAUGCAGCGAAUACAUCACAUUUUAUUGGUAGUUGUAAUGUUAAAUUAAAUGAAUUAAUUGAAAUAUUAAAUCAAUCAAUUAUUAAAAAUGGAAAUGAUAUACCUCUUGUUGAACAACAAACAUUUCAUUGUACACUUUUUAAUUUAAUGGGUAAUAAAAUUGGCACAUGUGAUGUUGCGAUUCGUUUCUGUCAUUAUGGUACAACUAUUUUAACACAAUUACCUAUGCUUAAUGAUCAACAAGUGAUAAAACAAGAUAAUCAAGAAAAAAUUAUUGAAUCAUUCGCACCACCACCACCACCAGCAUCGACUGUAAUUAAAGAAAAAAAUACUGAACCAUCAGUACCCGUACUACCAGCAGAUACCGUUGUUAAACAUAUUCAUUUUGUUAAUGAAAAAAAAGAUAUUGGUUUACAAUUAUCACGUAGUGAUCUUCCAUCAUCAUCGAAUAAUAAUAAAUCUGCUCAAACACGUUGGACAAGUACGAGAACACGAUCAACUAAUUAUCAUCAAUCAACAAGUCACUAUUUACGUACUAUUGAAGAUCCAUCACUUGAUGACCCAACUGUGACUUUCUACCAACCACCUCCACUCUAUUUUAAUUCUGAUUCUGAUUUUCUUCAAAUGAUGACACCAUCAACAAAAGUAAUUAUAGAAGCAAAAGAAAAUCGUUUAUCCUAUCUGGCAUCUAUUCCUAUUGCUAGUUUUAAUGAUGAUGAUGAUGAUGAUGAUAAAUCACAUAUUGAAAAUGAGAAUAUAAAUAAAAAACAACAAAUAAAAAUAAAAUCUACAAAUAAUGUACAAUUUGAUUUACCUUCAUCAAUAUCAUCGACAAUUAAUUCUCAAACACAAAUUAUUUCGAAACAACAAACAUUAGCAAAAGAUUUUUUACAUAAUUUUCCACUUCUUCGAUCACUUGUUCAAGAAGCGUUAGCAUUACAACAGUCUCAGCAUAUUAUACUCAGUGAACGACCACAUACAGCUAUAGAACAGAGACAAAAAAGUGUAAAGCAAAAAUCUAUACGUCCCGCAUCAGCAACAAAUAUUCGUUCAAAAUCUGUUAUUAUUCUAAGAAAUAUAAAUAAUACUCGUCGAAUUCGUCCACUUCCACCACCGAAAACAAACCAUAUCAUAGUAACAAAAACUGAUGUACGUAAUUUAGUUGAUCGCCUUCAUAAACCAAAAAUGAAUAAAAACGUUGAACAGAAAAAUUCUUUAAUUGAUCAAAAUAUACCAACUGAACAGCCUACUCCUUUUGUUUCUCCACGUCGUUCUUUAAAACCUGUUUCUACUUCGUCUCCAAGUACUGUACAAAAACCACCACCUUCUUAUAAUACGACACGUGCUCAUCGAUUGAUGGCUGAGUUUUCUCGAGCUCGUCGUGCUGGCUUUCAACCUCAAAUAACUAGUUCACCUAAAAAAGAAUCAAUAUCAAAGAUUCGUAUUCCACCAUCAACACCUCAAAAUAUCAAUACUGGCACUAUUUCACAUUUAUCUCUUCUUAAUAAAGUUGAAAUUGAUACUGCAAGUAUAGGAAAGAACACAACUGAAAUCUCAUCAAUAGAAAAGACACCAGAAAAUAUUGGUCGAACUAUGAAAUCGCCAACAACAGUAACAACAAGUCAAGAUGUGAGUUUAAAAUUGAAUCAAACAUCAAUAAAGACAACAGCAUCUGAUGAUUCCGACUUGUCUAUUUCGCAACGUAAGCAGGAAAAUGAUGAAAGAAAAGAUGAUUUAGCUUUUUCAAUUAGUGAUAUUACUGAUUAUUUUACUGAUGGUGGUGAAUCAAGUACGCAUCCACUCACUCGACAAUCAACAUAA